AUGGAAAAAGACGGAAUAUUUGCGGACUUCGAUGAUCGGGCUACAUACGAAGCCAGCCUCGAUCGAGCGGGACACGAAAAGAGUCGCAACUUUGUUGUCGAGUUUGGGAAACUUGAGGCUCAGAUAGCUUUUGAUUUGAACGCAGAUGAAGUGGAAAGGCUGCUAGAUAAACCUUCCACGCCGGCCGAGCGCGAACGACCUCCUGUGCGGUGGAUCAAUAUCUGGGGGCCAAACCGACAGACGGAUAUAAUCGAUGUUCUUGCUCGUCGAUAUGGCUUCUCCCCGAGGCUUUUGGCUAUCAUCAAAACUCUGCCACCAGUCAAUAACUCGAGUCACAAAGAUCAUCGGGUUAGUUACAAGGAGAGAUUGUUCGAAAGGGAUGAUAUCGAAACAGGCAGAGCGAGUAUGAAUGUGCCCAGAGUACAUGCAACACAACUUACGCCUCCAGGAACAACAAGCCACUAUACCAUUGCUCAGCAAAUGAUCAACUAUCAAUCCGUCGAUGUCGGGGCACGCUUUAUGUGUGUUGGCGCGAACUGGAUGCAUGAGAUCGACUCACCACCAAUGAGGGAAACCGAUAAUCCAAUAAUUCAGAACUCAUUCAGAGAUAAAACGCAGUGUAGGCUCUGGUCAUGGCUUAUACUUUGCGAUGAUAACACAGUCAUAGCUGUACACGAAGAUACCUUACCAAUUGCGAAGACGAAGAAGGAUCUGAAAUCAAUGCGUGGAAACACUCUGAGUGUCUUGAGCCAAUUGUCUAAGUCGGGACAUGAGACAGCAGAUCCAAUAUCUAUGCAGACUGUCCGACAAGUUCUGGAUUUGAACUCGACUCACCCAAACAAUGGUAUCGAAGGAGCAAGCAACCUUUUUUACUAUCUAUUCGAUGACUGGCGAGCUGUCUACAAAACAGUGGCUUUUUUCAGAAGAAGCUUGCAACAGUUGGAAAACUCUAUAUUUGAAGACAUGAGGAGAAAUUCCAACAAAGGUCCUGAUAUGAAUAUUAUUCCUCAUCUUCAUUUCCUCAGCAAGAGAAUUCGUCAGAUGCAGCAUUUGUAUAAAGGCUACCAUAACCUCAUAACACGUAUAUUGGAACCCAAACCCUUUAGUACAUGGGAAGCCGGCACGCCCGAUGGCUCUUUCACGUCCCAAAAUGGGAGAAGUGGAGUUAAACUAGCGGCAUCCGCAAGUCAGAGGUUUGAAAGACUGGGCGAUCGUUUGCAAUUAUUAAUUUUGAGCGAAACCGGCGAAUUUCUGGCUGAGAAAGAUGCGCUCAGUAACACUUAUUUCAGCAUCAAUUCUCAAAAAGACUCACAAGCAACGGCACGUCUCAAUCGCUCGGCUACUCUACUCGCCAAAUUGUCGGUACUUUUCCUUCCUGUAUCACUUAUGACGUCUUAUUUCUCUACCCAACUUAGCGAUAUUGAGAACAAGUAUUCACUGUAUGAUUACUGGGUCGGUUUCGCAGUAGUGGUAUCUGCAUCAUUUGUGUGCUUGUUCUUCUUCAGCAAGUUAUUGAUGUGGGUAACAGAGACAUUGGAUAUAUGGGCAAAGAACAUAGGAAAGACAUCUAGACAUCUUUUUGUUAGUUGUUUGAGGAGCAUGGAAAGGAAGAAAGUUAAGCCUAAGGGGGAAGGAACAAUUAAUGGUAAAGAGGAUGAUGAUAUGGAAGAUGAAUAA